AUAUUUAUUGUAUAUUUCAAAACCUGGACUGUUAGUCAGCAACCUUUUACAGUUGCAUCAAGCAUUAGUGACCUUUUGCAAGGCAACGAUAGCCGACAGGAUGAUCGUAUCUGUGGCAGGAAGCAAAAGAAUAUUUCAUCACUGAUCUUGAGAAAUUCAAAUUGUGUCCACAGCAGUUUCAGCUCAUUUAUGUAAAGACAAAAAACAUUGUUUUCAAAGCUGUUACUGUAGUGCUCCAAAACAAUUUGUGUUACAGAUGAGAGGUUUGUCAUGGAUACAUGUAGCUGUCAUGAAAGUGGUGAUGCUCCUAGAAAGUACAAAAAAAACAGAACAAGUGAAGCAAACUGAGACGUCAGUCACUGUUUCUUUAAAGACCUGAAUCAAGCUGUCAAUCAAUGCAGAAGUCCUUUAGACAGUCAUUGAAAUGCUUCCCAUUAUGCUCUUUCUGAAGUGUUAUGUUUUGCAGUUAAACUGUAGUGAUUAAUAUCUUGUCCUGUCUUCAGUGGUCUCGUGUUUUGUAUAUGUGGAAAAAAUACUGUCUGUUUACUUUGUAGUUAAUUUAAUUACAGACAAAACUUUUGCAUGAGAAUUAGUCUAAGAUGUUUCUACAGUACCCAAGAGGAAGUGUAGAAAUGUUAAAUCAUUCUGUGGUCAAACGCAAUUUUGUAUAAAAGGAAGGGAGCAGAAUUGAGCUGAAGAAGUAGGAAAAGAACGUCACAUCCAGAAUUUACAUGAAAUGUAACUUCUGUUUUUUGUCCCCACAGUUCUUCACUCUUCACACUAGAAUUUCUCAGACAUUUGGGCUGAAUGCAAGGAUGGGACCUGCUCUGUCCUGUGAGCUGUUGUUUUUUUUGCUCUUGACACUCCUGUUCAAUGGACAAGCUAAAGAUGCUGUGCUGACGACUGACCCCAGCUGGUCCACUUUUUUUAUUGGAGAGUUUGUGACCUUCACAUGUGACAUGAACGAAGGAGAAGAUGCAGACUGGGAAUACAAGAUCAUUAUGGAUGGACGAGAUUAUACUUACUACAACACACACAAACGCUACACAUCAGGAUCUCUGUUGACAGGUGACAGUGGUGAUUAUCAGUGUGUUGGUCGCAGGAGGAGUUCCCAUGAUACAAAGAACAGUAACACCGUCUCUCUAACUGUUUCAGCUGGACCCAAAGCCACACUGACAGCAGACACAACAACCAUAUCAGUAGGAGGCAGUGUGACACUGACCUGCUCUGUGCAGAACUCUGUUGGAUGGAAAUAUGAGUGGUUCAGACGUACUCGGGAAACCUCUGAAGUUCUGGUGGAUCCAGUUAGAACAAAUGAUGAACUAAACACAGUUAUCAGUGUAUCACAAGGAGGAAUCUACCGGUGCAGAGGAAGAAGAGGAAAACCAGAUUACUACACUGAUAUAAGUGAUGGAGUUGCCAUUGAGAAAACCUAUAAACCCAAAGCUGUCCUCAGUGUGUCUCCAUCAUGGCUGAGUCCUGGAACCUCAGUAACUCUGAGCUGUGAGGUUGAACAUUCGUCUGCAGGAUGGAGGUUCUACUGGUAUAAGACUGUUCCUGAUCUAUCAGGAACCUCCUACAGUUAUGAGCUGCUGCCUGGUAGCAUCAAUGGGACUGAACAAGAUUCCUACAUGAUUCAUGGACAGACACAGACAGCAGGAUUUACAUGUAGAGCUGGAAGAGGAGACCCAGAGUAUUACACUUAUUACAGUGAACCUACGUUUGUCUGGUCUGGAGAUUUUCAUCCAGCAGCGUCUCUUACAGUGAAUCCAGACACAGUGCAGCGCUUUGGCUUUGACUCUGUUUCACUGAGCUGUGAGGGAAACUCCACUAAAUGGAGAGUGAGCAGGUUUACUGAUGAUGGCUUCCUGUUCCACUGUUCUUUCUGGGGAACAAUGAAUGGAUCAACAUGUAAUGUUAAUAGGAUGUGGUACGGUAAUGUAGUGUACUGGUGUGAGUCUGGAUCAGCAUUCAGCAACGCAGUCAACAUCACUGGACAGUAUAAUGAUGGUAUUAUCCUGGUGAGCCCUGUCCAUCCUGUGACUGAGGGAGAUUCUGUUACUCUUGGCUGCAAGUUGAGGACACAAAAUGUUCUUUCUAAUGUGUUUUUCUACAAAGACAACAAACUCAUCCAAAAUGACUCCAGAGGAGAGAUGAGCAUCUCUGCAGUGUCAGAGUCAGAUGAAGGUUUCUACAAGUGUCAAUACUCAGGAAAAGAAUCACCACAGAGUUGGAUGGCAGUGAAAAAGUCCAGUUCUGAAAACUCUUCAUUUCCUGUUCUGCUGAUCACUGGGCUGGUUUGUGGAGUUUUACUGAUCAUUCUUCUGCUGCUGUUGUGUUGCUACAAACAGUCAAAGGAUUCAUGCUUUAUCAGGUCUCAGAGCUCAAAUCAGCGCUCUGCUGCAGACGACACCAUCAACCAGAAUGAAGCUUUAAACAAUGAAUGUUCCUUUCCUGUCAAUGGUGAUGCUUGUCUCUACGAAUCAGUCAAAGACACUGAUAAAGAUGAAUCCUCAGAUGUCACAUAUUCUGCGAUUGAGCUUAAAAACGUGACUAAGAAAGGGAAGAAGAAGAGAGCAGAGGAGAGUGCAGUUUACUCUGUUGUGAAGAGACGAUCAUCUAUAGAUGACAGUCUGAUGUACGCUCAGGUUCUCCCCCACCAGAAAGGUAAAGCCAAGAGAGACAAAGGAGAAUCAGCAGCUGAAGAAACAGUUUAUUCUGAAGUGAAACCAGGAAGAGCUGCAGGACCUGGACCUCUUGUCAUAAAUGAUGGAUUCAUGAAUUCUGCUGUCACUGAGACUUUCACAGAAACUCUUCCGUCUCACAGUUCACUGUUUCUCGUUGGUACAAAGUGGACGUAUUUCACUGACAGAACAAGUGUCAAAGCGUCAGAGCUGGAUUUGAAGAUGGGACACACUUUGCUGUCUGUGCUGUUGUUACACUUGCUGAAUACAUUCCUCUACUAUGGACAUGCUCAAGUUCUAGAUGCUGUGCUGAUGACUGACCCCAACUGGUCCACUUUUUUUACUGGAGAGUUUGUGACCUUCAUAUGUGACAUGAACGAAGGAGACGAUGCUGACUGGGAAUACAAGAUCAACAAGGAUGGACGAGAUUAUACUUGCUACAACACACAUCAACGCUACACAUCAGAACCUCUGUCUGCACGUCACAGUGGUGAUUAUCAGUGUGUUGGUCGCAGGAGGAGCUCAUAUUCUACAAAGAGCAGUAACACUGUCUCUUUAACUGUUUCAGCUAAACCCAAAGCCACACUGACAGCAGACACAACAACCAUAUCAGUAGGAGGCAGUGUGACACUGACCUGCUCUGUGCAGAACUCUGUUGGAUGGAAAUAUGAGUGGUUCAGACGUACUCAGAGAACCUCUGAAGUUCUGGUGGAUCCAGUUAGAACAAAUGAUGAACUAAACACAGUUAUCAGUGUUUCACAAGGAGGAAUCUAUCAGUGCAGAGGAACAAGAGGAAAACCAGUUUACUACACUGAUAUAAGUGAUGAGGUCACCACUGAGAAAACCCUUUCCAAUGAGGCUGUUCUAAGACGACAACCAGACUGGACUCAGAUGUUCAGAGGUGAAAGAAUCACUCUGACAUGUGAGAUCCAUGGAGGUGAAACCACCCAGUGGGUGUAUGAAUGGAGAGGACCUCGGCGUUAUGUACACUGGACAGAUGAUAAUUACCAGACAUUCAGAGUUUCUAAGUCCAGCAGUGGAGACUACAUGUGUAGGAGUAGACCCAGAGAUGACUCCUAUUCUUCAACUGAGUGGAGUAAAUCCAUCACAUUGUCAGUAUCAGGUAAACCAAAGGCCCUGUUAAAUGCUGAUGUCAGAGACAUUCCAGUAGGAGGCAGCGUGACCCUGAUCUGCUCAGUGAAUCCAUCAUCUGGAUGGGAAUAUUACUGGUACAGAGAUGGGAAAAAGUCUCAUUCUUUGACCUCCCAAGAUGCUGUUUUCCCUUCAAAUGGACAAAUCAGUGUCUCAGAGGGAGGAUUGUACAGGUGCAGAGGAGGAAGAGGAAACCCUGUUUAUUACACAGAGUACAGUGAUCCAGUCACAAUCAAUAACAUUGUCCCAAACAGGGCAGUUUUGACUCUACAACCUAACUGGCCUCAGAUAUAUAGAGGAGAGAAGAGAAUUCUGAAAUGUGAGAUCCAUGGAGGAGACAUUGAGUGGGAAUAUGAAUGGAAAUCUGGUGGUUUAAUCAAACCUCCAAAUCAAAAUGAAUUCAGCAUUUAUGCUGCUUCUUCACUCCACAAGGGAGAGUAUAAGUGUAAAGGCAUCAUGAAAACUACAAAAACAUCUUCAACAGACUGGAGUGAUCCCAUCAGUUUGUUAGUGUUGGACAAUAAACCCAAAGCUGUCCUCAGUGUGUCUCCAUCAUGGCUGAGUCCUGGAACCUCAGUAACUCUGAGCUGUGAGGUUGAACAUUCGUCUGCAGGAUGGAGGUUCUACUGGUAUAAGACUGUUCCUGAUCUAUCAGGAACCUCCUACAGUUAUGAGCUGCUGCCUGGUAGCAUCAAUGGGACUGAACAAGAUUCCUACAUGAUUCAUGGAAAGACACAGACAGCAGGAUUUACAUGUAGAGCUGGAAGAGGAGACCCAGAGUAUUACACUUAUUACAGUGAUCCUAAGUUUGUCUGGUCUGGAGAUCUUCAUUCAGCAGCGUCUCUUACAGUGAAUCCAGACACAGUGCAGCACUUUGGCUCUAAAUCUGCUUCACUGAGGUGUGAUGGAAACUCCACUAAAUGGAGAGUGAGCAGGUUUACUGAUGAUGGCUUCCAGCGACAAUGUUUUUUCUGGGGAACAAUGAAUGGAUCAACAUGUAAUCUUAAUUGGAUGUGGUACGGUAAUGUAGUGUACUGGUGUGAGUCUGGAUCAGCAUUCAGCAAUGCAGUCAACAUCACUGGACAGUAUAAUGAUGGUAUUAUCCUGGUGAGCCCUGUCCAUCCUGUGACUGAGGGAGAUUCUGUUACUCUUGGCUGCAAGUUGAGGACACAAAAUGUUCUUUCUAAUGUGUUUUUCUACAAAGACAACAAACUCAUCCAAAAUGACUCCAGAGGAGAGAUGAGCAUCUCUGCAGUGUCAGAGUCAGAUGAAGGUUUCUACAAGUGUCAAUACUCAGGAAAAGAAUCACCACAGAGUUGGAUGGCAGUGAAAAAGUCCAGUUCUGAAAACUCUUCAUUUCCUGUUCUGCUGAUCACUGGGCUGGUUUGUGGAGUUUUACUGAUCAUUCUUCUGCUGCUGUUGUGUUGCUACAAACAGUCAAAGGAUUCAUGCUUUAUCAGGUCUCAGAGCUCAAAUCAGCGCUCUGCUGCAGACGACACCAUCAACCAGAAUGAAGCUCUAAACAAUGAAUGUUCCUUUCCUGUCAACGGUGAUGCUUGUCUCUAUGAAUCAGUCAAAGACACUGAUAAAGAUGAAUCCUCAGAUGUCACAUAUUCUGCGAUUGAACUUGAAAACAUGACUAAGGAGGGGAAGAAGAAGAGAGCAGAGGAGAGUGCAGUUUACUCUGUUGUGAAGAGACGAUCAUCUACAGAUGACAGUCUGACGUACGCUCAGGUUCUCCCCCACCAGAAAGGUAAAGCCAAGAGAGACAAAGGAGAAUCAGCAGCUGAAGAAACAGUUUAUUCUGAAAUGAAAGCAGGAAGAGCUGCAGACCAAUAGAGAUGUGUAUCUCCAAAUCUAAAGGAGUGAAGGACAAAUUGGAAACUACAUCCAGUGAAACAGUAGAUAAAUUACAAAAUUCCAACAUUCAACAGAUGAAUAUGAAUUUAAUCUCCUGUUUAUAAUGUAAAUAUUCCCAUUGUGUGGUCAUUUAUUCCACAAAGCAACAGUUUGCAGUUAAGUUUCAAGUGUGACUUUAAAGUCGGUGUGUUUUUCGUGUCAUCAAACAUGAUUUCCUGUUAGAUGAUCAGAGCAUUUUCUGUUUUCUUUAUUAACAAUGAACUGAUAGGUUUGAUAAGUGUUUUAUGUUCCCCUGAACACAUUAAGUGUAAUCUUUAUUCUUAAAAGCUUUGGUGUUUUCACAAUUUAAUGCAUCAAUAAUCUUGUUUUUCAUAUCGCUGUUUUGUGUGUAUAAUAGUGAUGUAAUUGUGUGUUAAAUGUGAUUGUCUUCACACACAGAGGUCUUGGUUUGUUCCUGGAUCACUUGUUGAGCAGGUUUUGGGUUUGGUUGGAUGCAUUGAGUGUGUUAAUAGGCACAACUUUGUGUUUUUAAUACUUUAAUUUCUGAGCUUGAGCCACUGUAAUAAACUGAAUUUGAAUCUCAUGAUUUAAGCUUUUCAACUUGAAUCUCUGAUAAAAAUGUUAAUAAAUAGUUUGGCAGUGAAUUCCAAUGAAAUUGAAGCUAAAUAUAGUAUUUUGAAAUUGAAUUCAGUUGCUGUGAAAUUCUAAGUAGAGGAAUUGAGAUUCAGUUUCUAGUGGCACAAAAUUCUGGCCUCACUUGGUCUGUAACAAUAUUUAAGAUGCAUCUACUUGAAUCCAGGAGCCAAAGUUUCCAGCAGAACAUUGUAUUGAGAUGAUCAAUGCUCCUCACUUUGCCUGAGAGUGGAUUUAAUGUUGUGGCUGAUGGAUGUGUUUUGCAGUCAUAUUCUGCUGCUGUGUAAUUUAGUCUAAUUGACAAAUACAGAUCAGAGAAACACCAGAAUGAUGUUAAAUUUGAGCAGCUUGGAUAUUUUGUCAUUUAAUACAUGUGUUUCAGUGUUGAGCCUGUUGGAGAAAUUUCUACACCAUUUUUAAAGAUGUGUUGUCUCUGUGUCUUCUUAUGGUUGUACUGAGUGUGAAAUAGUCUGAUCUGCAUUUUCAUCAUCUGGAGGAAAUGAGAAAGUAGGUGGAGGUUUGUGAUCAUUGCUGUCUGUCAGAGAGAUGAUGUAAAAACUAGCAGGCCUGAUUUCAUUGUUGUUGGUAGAAAGAAGCAUUUGGAAACAGAAAAACUAAUUAAAUUCUAAUGUGUAUCUGGACCAUUUUCUUGUAAAUUGCAAAUGAGUUAAUUGGUUUUGGUGGAGGAUGAGUCCACUGUGUGUGAACACUCAGUGUGACGGCAACUGUGUCUAAAUUUAUAGUCCUACUGUCCACACAAAGAGGAAAUGAUUUCAUUCACUCAUGCUGACAGGUUGUGAACUGACUUGUUUAGCUCAGACAAAUGGUUUCUUGAAGGUUUCAUUGCUUCCUGUUUUCUGUAGCGAAGGUGUGAUGUAGUAUUUUACACAUGAAGUUUUGAAAAAUCGAAUAUGGUUGAAUAAUUUGUUCAUGAUUUUUGACAUAUGAAAGGUCUGUAACAUGGAUUUGUUUUUACAAACAUAUCCUGAUAUUCAGCUUUUGUUGUAGAUAAAUACAGUGUGUAACAUCGACUGAUUAAUCCCAAUAAAUAUCAAGAAGAGUUUACCCAAAA